AUGGAAGAAGCAUUAACCCUCCCAAUUAACCCCAACAACUUCCCCGCGAAACUCUGGUGUCUUGUGAACAACCCGAAGAAUCGUUCGAUCCAUUGGGAUCACAAUGGCCAGGGCAUCAUAAUAAAUCAGCAGUUGUUUGAAACGGAGCUACUAUCUCCAAUGAAGUCCAUUGGGGAACCGAUUUUCAAAACCACGAAUUUCACGAGCUUUAUUCGUCAGCUAAACCUUUACGGAUUCAGGAAGGUAGAACUGAGUCCUGGCAGCGCGGAUAAAUUAGGAGAUGGAGAUAUUAAAACCGAAGGGUUACAGCAGCAACAACACCGCUUCCAAAACCUAAAUUUCAAACGAGACCACCCAGAAUUGCUUGUAAAUUUAAAACGGUUAACCACCAGCAACAAGGCAAAAAUAGAAGCCGGAUUAGAAGUUAGCUGCAGACCCCCAAGUCGUAUCCAGCGACUUUUAUCCAGUGCACACGAAGAGGAUAAGAGCAAAAUAAUAAAACGUGGUUCAGUGUUUGUCGGGCAGGUCCGUCGAGGAUUCCACGACGGUAACUCUCCCUCCUACCAGUACCACCCUAGUAGACCGCACGCCCUGAAGGGAUAUGACCGAACCCCAAUCCCACAGCGCGGCUGGGUCGUGGGACACGGCGAUUCGGCAUCCCCUACAACUUUUUUCACGGACAAAGGGAUCCCAGUGUCAGUCAUUCAGCAUUUCCCCAGCGACACAGGUUGCUCUGCACAGUCCAGCCCAACGAAGCAUAUUCAGCAGGGUCCACAGGGCGUGUUAACGGCUGGACAAAAAUAUAACAAUUUCAUCCCUCAUCAUGCACAAUUUGGCCCUGGAUUUUAUAGUACAGUAAAUCAAAAUAUGGCAGCAUGUGUCCACCAGCCUCCAUCGCCUUUCUCACAAUAUAGCUAUUAUCAGCCAAACUACCCUGUGGGGUUCUUACACCCUGGUAGCCAGGACUGGCAGAACAGUGCAAACGAAGAUGUCAAGAGGAACGAUGUCAACCUGGAAACGGUCUUCCAGAUUGUCGAUGAACUGCAAGUUUCCCCAAAACCUUCCAUGGUCAAAGUGGAAAUCCCAGAGGAGUCUGAUGUCACCUCCGCAUCGGAGCGAGAGCUUUCUACGACCAUCAGUCUAAGCGUAGUCGGCCCUGCAAUCAGCACUCCAGAAGCCGUCUCACUGAAUGAGCGAGAGCAGAAAUCAUCUCCUGAAGUGUCCGGCCAAUCGGUGCCUUUGGAUUUCUCCCAGAGACUACUUAGGAGCAGUGGGCAGCUACAAUACAGUGCCUGUAGGACCAACUCCAGUUCUGAGGCCACGGCCUUGGUCAAGAGCAAUGGCAGGAGUACGCCUAAGGAGUAUGGGAAACCGGGGUACCCAAAGGAAACCCACUCCAACAUGGGGAGAACGUGCAAGAAUGAGGAGAACGAGGAGAACGAGGAGAACGAGGAUCCGGUUCGUCUGUGCAGCUGA